CAGACGGGUGGGGGCACUAGGACAGACAGACAGACAGGGGUGCAGGCAGUAGGACAGGCAGACGGAUAGACAGGAUGGGGGCAUUGGGGAGGGCCAGGUGUUGAUCACUCUCUGUCUGGACUCCAGAGACUGAGGCACUCGCCUGGACGAACCAAGGGGAGCAGCUGGGCCUGAGCAGGAGCAAUCCGUGCUGGGGGUCCCAAGAAGGGGCAGAUGCAGCUGCUGUCUCCUGGACCGGCAUGGAGACGCGAAGGCUCCCAGUGGAGGUCAUCACCUACAUCCUCAGCUUCUUGCCCAUUGCCGACAGGAAGGAGGCCUCUCUGGUGAAUCACACCUGGUACUUUGCGGCCCAGGACUCCCUGCGGCAGGAGAACAUCCUGUACAACAUCCCAGCCACCUCCACCUCCCUGGCUGCCAUUGAGAGCCUGGCCAGACGGCGCGUGAGCUGCGUCAGCCUGACCAGCCUCGACAGCUCCACUGUCUCCCGGGACGUGAUCCAGGCGGUCUCCUGUCACCUGGGGCCACAUCUGCAGAGCUUGUGUCUGCGUGGGAGCAGCCUGCCCGAGACGGCCUUCGUGCACCUCCUCCUUGCCUGCCCCUGCCUCUCCGCGCUGGAUCUGACUGGCUGCAACAGCCUCUUCAUGUCCGGGACGCUGCUCUCCAAGCCAGAGACCAUCAGCCAAGCCCGAGGAGCGCUGACCAACCUCCAGGAGCUGAACCUGGCCGGCCUGCGCUACCUGUCGGAUCUCAGUUUCAACCGGCUGACAGGCUGUGCGCCACACCUGGCCCGACUCUCGCUGGCUCGCUGCCACCUCACCUUUGAGUUUGACCCCUACCGCGGGUCCAGCAACUACAACUCCUCUGCCCUGCUGUCCUUCCGCAACCUCCUGCGCUUCCUGAAGGAGCGGGCCAGCAGCCUCAGGGCCUUGGACUUGAGCGGCACCAGCAUCACCUCACCGGCAAUGAGGUCCCUGGUGCAAGUGGAGGGGCUGCGCCUGCGGGAACUCGUGCUGCAGAACUGCAGGGACCUCUCCAACGAGGCCAUCGGCCUCCUCUGUACGCACCAGCCCCACCUGACCGUGCUGGACCUCACCGGGUGCUCGGAGCUGUCCGACCGGGCCGCCCUCACUGUGUCCGCGGGGCUGCGAGCCCUGCAGAGCCUGGGCCUGGGGAAGCUCCAGCGCCUGACGGACGGGGGUUUCCUGGGCAUUGCUGAGCUCCGGAGCCUGCAGAGGCUGGACCUGUCUGAGUGUAGCCUGGUGAGCGGCAGUGAGCUGGUGAAAGUGUGCUCCACCCCGGAGCUGCGGCCUAGCCUGGCCUCCCUCAGCUUCGCCUUCUGCUCUCUGCUCAGAGACAGCUCUGUCCUCUCGCUGGCCAGGUCCCUCAGCCCCAGUCUGCGGGUAUUAGACCUCUCCUCCUGCGUCUCCAUCACCAACGUGAGCAUCCAAGCGAUUUCCUCCCACCUCCCCCGGCUGACUGUCCUCCGACUGGCCUGGUGCAAGGAGCUGACGGACUGGGGCCUCCUGGACGUAGAGGAGCCCAGAGAGGAGCGUCACCAUCGCAGAGAGAACCUGGAGCAGGAUCCCACGGUCCUCAGCGACUCCGCCUGGAACGAGUCCCAGAAGCGGCACCGGGCCUCCCUGCAGGCGCUAAAACAGCUGCAAGAGCUCGACCUCAUGGCCUGCAGCAAGCUGACUGACAGCAGCAUCACCCAGGUUAUCCGCUUCCCUGCCCUGAGGCGGCUGUCCCUCGGCUUGCUACCGGAGAUCACCGACGCCAGCCUGGUAGCGGUGGCCAGGGGCUGCCAGAGCCUGGAGCAACUGUCCAUGAGUCACUGCGGAAAGCUGACUGAUAAAGGCUUCCUGGAGGCCGCUAGCUCGCUACGGAGACUCCAGCACUUAGUCAUCUCUGGCUGCAGCCAGCUCACACGCCAGACACUGAUGGCCCUCAGCAGGGAGUGCAGACAGCUGAAGAGCCUGGAUGUCUCCAUGUGCCAUGGGAUCAGCAUGGCCGACAUUGAGCUUUUCCAGGCCCAGCUGCCCCUGCAGACGUGUGUCCAGUCGCGCUUUGUGGGUGGAGCAGACCUUUCCUUCACCCUGUGAGCGGGGCCAAGCGGGAGGCUCAGAUCCCUCCAGUCUGGAGCAGCUCGGAGAAUGGCUGAUGCUACAGCUCAGGCCCUUCCCCAUGGGUGCGCUGCUGCUCCCCGCGUCCCGCUCCCAGCUGGGACACGCGCUCCACGGCGUCUUGGCCUGGGCUGGGGGGCGAGUGGUGACACCCCUUGGCCAGAGAGUUCUAGAGUCUAACACUACGUGCAGCUGGGCCGCUGCCAAGGUCCGGCCGGGUGUGCGAAGACCCAGGCCAGGCCCUGAACUCCCGCCCUGGCACACCCCCAGGGUGCCUUUGGGAGAUGCUGGUAUGCAGAGCUGUUUGGAGCCUGGCACCUCCAGAGUGAGUUCCAGGGGUCCCCGGCUGCUCACGCAGGGCUGAGACAGUGGGAAAAGCCAAAAGCCAGGGCGCCUGCCCAGAGCUGCGUUCACCCAGGGGGAGAGGGUGAUAAAGCCCCUUGAAGGGGUUGGGUGCUUCCUUCCUCAGCAGUAUUGGGCAGUGAGAGCUGCUGUUCCAUGCAGUCGGCAGCGCUCGAGGCCGAGGCCAGCGACGACUCCAAGGCCCCUGGCCCGUCUCCCCAGCACAGACUGCAGCUCGGGCCUAAGCCUAGUGCUGCAAAGCAGGGGGGAACUUCGCUGCCUAAGCCCACCCCCUGCUCUCUGGGAGGCAGAGUGGCAUGGGAGAUGGCUCACUGCCCGCUCUCCCCCUCCAGUGGUGGUGGGGAGUGUCUUACUGCCCACUCUCCCCCUCCAGCGGUGGGGGGAUGGGGAUGGCUCACUGCCUGCUCUCCACCCUCCAGUGGUGUGGGGGGGAAUGGCUCACUGCCCGCUCUCCCCCUCCAGCGGUGGGGGAUGGGGAUGGCUCAGCACCCACUCUCCCCCUCCAGCUGUGGGGGGAUGGCUCACUGCCCACUCUCCCCCUCCAGCGGUGGGGGAUGGGGAUGGCUCAGCACCCACUCUCCUGUGCCAGGACAAAGCUCUGUGCUGCCAGCCUGUGCCUGCCCCCACCGCACCAGCAGGCAAGGCCACAUCAGCUGCUUCCAGAGCACACUGGUCUCCGUUUCACGCGUUCCUCACCACCCACCACGACCCUCCUGGGACCCCGCCCCGCUUGACUCCUCCAAAGUGACGCCUGGUGCCUUUACCCGGCGAUGAGGCCAGUGCUCUAAUAAAAGCCUCUAAUUUAAACAGCCCCACUGACCUGUGCUAUUGUGAAAAGCAGGAGGGCCUGGGGCCCCAGCCCCCCCUCUGCCAGGGAGGGAUAGCUCAGUGAUUUGAGCUUUGGCCUCCUAAACUCAUAGUUGUGAGUUCAAUCCUUGAGGAGGCCAUUUGGGGUUGGUCCUGCUUUGAGCAGGGGGUGGGACUAGAUGACCUCCUGAGGGCCCUUCCAACCCUGAGAUUCUAUGAAACAGCACAGUCCACGGGGACUGCAGUCACU